AAAGCCAUAAAAGAUUCAACAGGUGGUGCAUCUUAGAAUAUAAAUACCACAUCCUAGACUCCAUUUUCUCAGCAAACAUCCAAACAUAUUAAAGAUGUUAGCUAUAGUGUUGCUGUUUCUCAGUGCACUGGGACCUGUCACAACAAUCAGACUGGAUGGAAAUGGGUACACCGAUAUUCUUUUGGUCAUCAGCCCCACUGUGCCAGAGAAUGAAGACAUUAUAAAUCAAAUCAAGGAAAUGAUUGUCAAUGGAUCAGACUAUCUGUUUGAAGCUUUAGACCACAAGGUGUUCUUCAAGGAAGUGAAAAUACUCGUACCACCAAACUGGACUACAGGAAAGUAUGACAGAGCAACAACAGAAACCUUUGACAAGGGCAGAAUAAGAAUUGAUGACCCACAUCCUGCAUUUGGUGAUGAUCCAUACACACAUCAGACCCAAGGCUGUGGAAUUGAGGCUGAAUACAUUCAUUUCACCCCAAACUUCUUGUUAAACAAUGAUCUUAUUAAAGUAUAUGGACCUAGAGGAAGGGUUUUUGUGCAUGAAUGGGCUCACCUCAGAUGGGGGGUAUUUGAUGAAUAUAAUAAGAAAGAGCCCUUUUACCUGUCUGCUGGUCAGAUUCAACCAACAAGGUGUACUGAAGAGAUUUCUGGCCAGUGGUAUGAAAUUAUUAAUCAGAGUCUUCGACCUUGCCAGACUGAUGAAGCUGGCAAACCCAAAUCCAGCUGUGAAUUCCUUCCAGAUGCAGUGCAAAAUACAAAUGCCUCAAUAAUGUACAUGCAAAGCUUAGAUUCUGUAAGAGCGUUUUGUCAAGAAGAGGAACACAACACUGAAGCCCCCAAUGAGCAGAAUGAAAAGUGUUCAAGGAAAGCAACACGUACAGUAAUCUUUCAGGACUCGGUAGACAAAGAUUCCCUUCGCAGUCUAAAGCCUCUGACAUCCACACCGCCAGCUCCAACAUUCAAACUCAUACAGAGGGGACGUCGAGUCGUCUGCCUUGUUCUUGAUGUCUCAGGAAGCAUGCAAGGUUCGAGAAUAAAACUACAAAAGCAAGCUGCUACAAUUUUCUUAAACCAGAUCAUAAAUGAACAAGAAUUUGUGGCUCUUGUGACUUUUAGCACUGAAGCUCAAAUACUAAACCGUCUGACUUUAAUAGACAAACAGGCCUCAAGAGACAAUCUAAUUAGUAAGUUGCCAACAGUUGCGAAUGGAUAUACCUAUAUCUGUAAGGGACUCAGAAAAGGCUUAGAGGUUCUUCGAACGGAUGAUAGUAAAACAAUAGGAGAUGAAAUUAUUUUUCUGACAGAUGGAGAAGCAACUGAUAAGGUUCAGGAUUGUUUUCAGGAAGCUGUUCAAAGUGGUGCAAUCAUUCACACCAUAUCAUUUGGCCCAAACGCAGACAAUGUGCUGAAAACCAUGGCAGAUGAAACAGAUGGAAGGUUUGUCAGAGCCGACGAGACUAUACUUUCCAACCAGCUUGUGGAUGCCUUUUCCUCAAUGACAAUAUCCGAUGGAAAUUCAAUCACGCAACCCAUUCAGCUUGAAAGCACUGGAAAGAGUGUCACAGAUUGGUUCAAUGGAACAGUUUCUGUUGACCGGACUGUAGGAAACCGCACCACCUUUACAUUAAUUUAUGAAAGACGUGCACCCACUGUGUACAUAAAGUCACCAAGUGGUUUGGUUUAUGACCAGAGAAACACCACUGACAUUGCUAAUACAAUCACUUUUACUGUUCCAGGAACCGCAGAGCCGGGAGAUUGGCAAUACAGCUUCCUCAAUAGCGACACAUCUGCUCAGCAAAUGGCUUUAACAGUAAUGAGUCGAGCAGCUCAUGAAGAUGUUCACCCAGUCACAGUUACAGCCACAAUGAACCAGCAGACCAGCGACGGCACCAAACCCAUGCUCGUGUUGGCUGAGGUCCGGCAGAAAUACAAUCCUGUGUUGGAGGUCAGUGUUUGGGCGUACCUGGAGUCAGAUACUGGGAUCUCAGUAGAACUGCAGCUCCUUGAUAACGGAGCAGGAGCUGAUGCUUUCAAAGACGAUGGCAUCUAUUCCAGAUAUUUCACAAAAUUAAUACGUGGAAAAUACAGUCUAAAAGUGAGAGUGAAAAAUCAACAUGGAGGAAUCCUGUCUUCUCCCCUCAGACACAGUGGCGCUCUGUAUGUCCCUGGAUAUAUUGUGGAUGGUAAAGUGGAAUUAAACCCUCCUAAGCCACCAGUAAAUGUGGAGCCAGUAGAUGUGGGCAGCUUCACCAGAACAGUAACUGGGGAAAGUUUUGUGGUGGAAAGAGAUUCAACUUUAAACUUCCCUCCAAACAAGAUCACAGAUCUGACUGCGGAAAUCCAGGAGGAUACGGUGCUUCUCAACUGGACGGCUCCUGGUGAGGAUUAUGAUCAAGGAACAGCGCAAUCCUAUGAAAUCAGAUGGGGUGAAGAUUUGCAGACGCUUCAAAACAACUUCAGCAGCGCUAAUCUGCUCAACGCUUCGGCACUUGAGCCCCAAGAGUCAGGCUCAGCUGAACAACACUCUUUCCAGCCUAAUAUUACAAUUAAACAUGGCACCACGCUUUUCUUUGCUGUUCAGUCAAUGGACCAACAGGCAGAAAAGUCUGAGGUUUCAAACAUUGCUCGAGCAACCAAGAUUGCCUCAAGUCCAAAUCCAAAUCCAAGUCCCAGACCCCCGGCCAUCUCAAAUCCAGGCCUGAAUCUGACUGCUAUCAUCGUCUCAGUCUGUGCUGUAGCCAUAGUGGCAAGUGUUCUAGCUGUAGUCAUCACAAGGGUACUGAAACAAAAAACGCAUCAUUGAUGCUUAUCACAUAGUUUAAUAGAACGAAGGCUACACUAACACCGCAAGCUUAGACAUUUAAUUCCAAUUUAGUGCUCAAAUCCGAUCUUUAAAUCCGAUUACCUGAAACUCUGCAACAUGGAUGUUAUUCAGGGUCUGACAUUUUCCUCUUUCAUGCUCUAUGUUGCUUAACUGAUCAUAUCUCAUGUCUAUUGUACAAUAAAUGAAAAUUGUAAAAUCAAUCCAUUUAAAGAAAUACUCUUAAGUAGUAAAACACUAAAUCAGAGGACAGAAAAUCAUGA